CCUCUGAUGGGAUAACUCAAUAGAUCUUUCUUUCUAUGAUAUAUUCUUGAGCUGUCUCAACACCAACCUAAUUCUUAAGUGAUCAGCGUUUGCCCUUGUGAUCUCACAGCAUGGAAGCCCAAGCACAUGUGGAGGAGUUUUCUCACACCAUACCUUUGAUGCAUGACGAGAUCAACCGUGGGGUGGACUCCAGUACUCUGGGCACUACUACUUUCUUUCAGACCUGUUUCAAUGGUCUCAAUGCUUUGUCAGGAGUUGGAAUACUUUCAAUUCCAUAUGCACUUGCAUCAGGAGGGUGGUUGAGCUUGAUACUUCUAUUAGCUGUUGCCUUCAUAUCUUUCUACACAGGUCUGUUGAUUCAAAGAUGUAUGGAUGUAGAUUCAAAUAUCCGAACUUACCCUGACAUCAGUGAGCGAGCUUUUGGGAACAAUGGAAAAAUGAUCGUCUCAAUUCUCAUGUCUAUAGAGCUGUACCUGGUGGCAACGGGCUUCCUAAUUCUAGAAGGAGAUAACUUACAGAAUUUAUUUCCAAACAUAGGAUUUGAAAUUUUAGGCCUAAGAAUUGGAGGGAAGCAAAGCUUCACAAUAAUCGUUGGCCUUAUCGUUUUGCCCUCGGUCUGGUUCGACAACAUGAGUAUUCUUUCUUAUAUCUCAGUAAGUGGUAUUUUAGCUUGUGUUAUCAUCAUUGGAUCGAUUUUGUGGGUUGGUGCAUUUGAUGGAGUUGGAUUUCAUGGAACACAAACAAUUCUAAAUUGGAGUGGAAUUCCCACGGCUCUCAGCUUAUAUACUUUUUGUUUCUCCGCUCAUCUAGUCUUUCCUACGCUCUACACUUCCAUGAAAGACAAACGUCACUUCUCAAAUGCCUUGGCUAUAUGCUAUCUCUUCUGUACGAUUACUUACACAUCAAUGGCAACUUUGGGAUGCUUAAUGUUUGGGUCCAAGGUACAAUCUCAGAUAACUUUAAAUCUCCCAAUCGAUAAACUCAGCUCUAGAGUUGCAGUAUACACCACUCUGAUCAGUCCCCUAUCAAAGUAUGCAUUGAUGGUUAGACCAAUUUUGGAUGCUACUGAAAACUGGUUUCCAUAUGACUACUCCAAAAGCCCCUUAAGAUUUGUAAUGAAGACCAGCUUGGUGAUCAGCACCAUUGUUGUAGCCCUGGCACUCCCUUUUUUCGGAUAUCUCAUGUCGAUAGUUGGAGCAUGUUUGAGUGUCACAGCUUCGAUUUUGCUUCCAUGCUUAUGCUACUUGAAGAUUUCCGGCACUUACAGAAGAUUUGGAUUUGAGUUGGUGAUUAUAGGGGGGAUUAUGCUAAUGGGCAUUUUAGUUGCAGUAUUGGGUACAUAUACAUCUCUAGUACAGCUAAUAGAGCAUUUGUAAGUAUUAAUUAGUCUCUCAGCUACGGGGUCACAACAAAGUUUUGUUUCAUAUUAUGAUACGAUACCAUUGUGAAGUAGUAUGGAAUGACUAGUGCAUUGUUCCAAGUUGAUGGGAGUUGUAUUUCAGAAAAGAAAAAUAAAAGAAAAUAAUCAAA